AUGAAAAGAUUUCCAAAUUUUAAAAAAAAAUCAACUGAUUAUGGUCUUAAAUUAGAACCACAAUAUGCUUAUUUGGAUUUUGAAAUUGGUGAAGAAUUAGUCAUAAUGAUGCAAGCAUCACAGAUACGAAGUGGCAAUUAUCGUCAUAAAGCCAUGCCAUUCUCCCUUGGCAAUGAACGUUCAAGAGAAGAAAAAAACAAAACAGCUCAAAAAUGUAUACCAUUUAUUUCAACUUGGUGCAAUAGAUUUACAACAAUAUACAGUAUAACGAUUCUAUCGUCUUUCGUUGGUGAAUCAGCAAGAAAAGAGAAAAAGAAAAAAGAUGGUAUUCAUAAUACUGCAACUCAUAAUAAUAUUGUCGAUGAUAAUGACAUUUAA